CCCGAGCCAAGAACUCAGACGAGCACCAACUUCUGUAGGAAUCGCACACGCGAAAAGUUUUUGCACAAACUCAGAUCGUUCUCCACUGUCGACUGUGUCACCGAAAUUUUACAAGGUUUCGCUUCAUUCCAUUUUAUAUAAUACGUAUUCACUGGAUUCUGCAGCAGUGCGGUUAUCUGCAGGUUAAGUGCGGUUUCUUAUCUGGCAUAUUUCUUUUUACGGAAAAAAAAGUGUCAUUAAAAAGCUUCCUUGCGCAAUACGGAGCAGGAUAAAGAAGGAGUAAUUCAAUUCACUCAAAGUUGUAUAAUAACUGAUAUGCCAGCCGGUUUAAACGGAGCAGAAAUGGCAGUUAAUCAAAACGGGAAGGAAGGUGCGUAUAAAAUGGACCCAAGACGAGAUCGAAUUGGCCAACGGCCCCAUGAAGACGGUGGCGACGGCGUUUGCCACAACAUGAUGCGUGGCAUUGACUACAUGCGAGACCCAAAGUUGAACAAGGGAAUGGCUUUUACUCUGGAGGAGCGACAAGCUCUCGGAAUUCAUGGCCUGUUACCACCACGGUUCAAGACGCAAGAAGAACAAGUUCGUCUGUGCAAGGAUAACGUCGCAAGAUACACGGAGGAUUUGAAUAAGCACAUUUAUCUCGUGGGACUUCAGGAUCGAAAUGAACGCUUGUUUUAUCGACUUCUUGCCGAAAACGUGGAGGAAAUGAUGCCCCUCGUGUACACGCCCACGGUCGGCUUAGCUUGUCAAAAAUUCGGUCUUAUCUUCCGUCGACCGAGAGGUCUCUUUAUCACGAUACAUGACAAAGGACAUGUUUACGACAUUAUGAAAAACUGGCCUGAAAAUGACGUCCGCGCAAUCGUGGUCACUGACGGCGAACGAAUUUUAGGACUUGGCGACCUGGGCGCGUACGGGAUGGGAAUUCCGGUCGGAAAAUUGAGUUUGUACACCGCCCUGGCUGGAAUUAAACCAAGUCAAUGUCUCCCAAUUAUGUUGGACGUGGGCACAAAUACUCAAUCCCUGCUCGAUGACCCCUAUUACAUUGGAUUGAACCAUAAACGGGUCACGGGUCAGGAAUAUGACGACUUUAUUGACGAGUUUAUGCAAGCCGUGGUGCGAAGAUAUGGGCAAAAUACACUCAUUCAGUUUGAAGAUUUCGCCAAUCACAACGCCUUCCGGCUUCUUGAAAAGUAUAGAAACAAAUAUUGUACAUUCAAUGACGACAUUCAAGGCACGGCGAGUGUAGCGCUGGCAGGUGUGCUGGCCUCGCUACGAGUGACCAAGAAGAAAUUGAUUGAACACAAGUUUCUAUUCCUCGGGGCAGGGGAGGCUGCUUGUGGUAUUGCGGAGCUGAUAUGUCAUAAGAUGAUGAAGGAAGGUGCUUCACAUGAAGCGGCGGCGGCUCGGAUUUUCAUGGUGAAUUCCAAAGGUUUACUUUCCAAAGCAUCUCCUGAAGUCUUGGCGAAGGAGAAGGAACUCUUCGCCAAGGAUCUGCCCCACAUUAAGGAUCUUGCCGAAAUUGUCCGAACGGUUCAACCCACCACGUUAAUCGGUGCUGCGGCUCAGAGGGGAGCAUUUACGACAGAAAUUUUAAAACUGAUGGGAGACUAUAACGAACGACCGGUCAUUUUUGCCCUGAGCAAUCCCACCUCAAAGGCUGAGUGUACGGCGGAGGAAGCGUACGACGCCACGGAGGGCAGAGCAGUAUUCGCGAGUGGAAGUCCAUUCCCAACUUAUGAGAAAAAUGGGCUCCGAUUUGAACCUGGUCAGGGGAAUAAUGCCUACAUUUUCCCAGGAGUCGCAUUAGCCACCAUUACGGCUGGAAUUCAUCACAUUAGCGAAGAAGUUUUCAUCAUUGCGGCACAGAAACUCGCUGAAACCGUUUCCGAAUCGGAUCUUAAAGUUGGGAGACUGUAUCCACCGCUUCAAGACAUUCAAAACGUUUCCAUCCAGAUCGCAACUGCCAUCGUGGAAGAUGCGUACGCAAACGGGUACGCGUUCACCUAUCCCGAGCCCAAGGAUAAAAUGACAUUCAUAAAGGAAGAAAUUUAUGACUAUCAUAACCGACCGUCACUCCCAGUUCAGUGGAAAUUUCCGGAUUCUGUUACCGAAAGUCGGCACUGAUUAAAAAAACGAAUGAAGACAUCAUGAACUCGAAUUGCAUUCUUAUCAAAUUAUAGUAAUCAAUUCUUUGUUUAAUUUCCAAUCGAUAUCUACUACAUUACAUUCUGACUGUGUACAUUUACCUGACACCUGUGGUUGUGUAAUUGAAACGUGUAUUUUCUCGUAUCGAAUUGACAUUUUAUUCUGCACUGUGUAUUUAAUAAUUAGUAAUUAUUAAUUACCACUUAUCAUAAAUAAUAAUGAUAUCUCUGAUUCCCGGUUUAUUUUUAACUUUCCAAGACCAAUUUAUUAAUUUUAAUAUUUACGUGUUUGGAUCAAGGAUUUAGCAUCAUUAUCUAUUUUUUCACCAGUUUUGUUCCUCCUCCUCCACUUUGGUGGUCAUCUACCGUACAAAAAAACACCCAAAAUGAAACUUGGAUGUAUGGAACAUAGGUCCAUCCUAUCCAUGGAGGCAUAUUGCAUGUUGUACAGAUAUUUGUUGUUGUUAUUAAAGGACAAACCGGCAACAAGGUUAUCUUGCUCUAUAUACUUGUACACAUAUCUAAUUUCCAAAUUGUUAACCUUAUCUGAUAUAAUUUUUUGCGUGAAAUCAAGAUAAGUUUUGUUUAUCUGCAGUUUAUGUAUGUAUUUACUUCCAUGUUGAUCCAGAGAACAGACUUGUUAAAACUGGUGCUUGACGGAUGCUGUCGAUUCUGCAGAUGUUGUCGGACGUAUUACACAUGGGUCCACCUGCUCCAAGUAACUUGUGGUCAUCCAUGCCCAGUAGGAAAUAGAAUUAUAAUUUUAGUUUUUCAAUAGAGUAUGAUAACUUUUCCAAAAA